CCUCAUAACUCCCGCCAUCCAAAUGGAGGAACAGGAAAGGAGCAGACCUGACGUCUGCGAGCUAAGGCCUCUAUUAUACCCUGCCUUACCGAUCGAUACGUCAAUCAAUCCAACCUCUCCAGCCGCAUUGGCAAGAUCGUUACGAUGUGCCGAACCUUUUGAGCAACAUCUUUAUCUUGGCUCAACGGAUGGGAAUGUGUUUUGUUUUGCACAACCCGCUUUGGAUGGUGCAGGACCUUCACGCUAUCAGGACUUGCAACAUGUUGGAACUCGCGAUAUUUCAUCCAAACCGAUCGAACGUAUUGUAGUCAUCUCGGCUUUGAAAGUCGCUGCUGUCUUGAGCGAAUCUACAGUCACUUUUCAUGAGCUACCCAGCUUCUUGCCAAUUCCACAACAGGUCUUACCACACGUCAAAGGAGUGGCAGCUUUGGCAUUGGAUGAUGAGCAGACAAACGGCAAUCAAGUAGAUUCGGAAGGGUUGGUGAAUAUGUGUAUCAUACGACGAAAGAUGAUCAUGUUGGUAAAAAUGAGUAAAGAUACGUGGAGGAUAAUGAAAGAGAUACCUUUACCCGGAGGAGCAACGAAUGCGAAGCGAUUUGGUGAUUGGCUUUGUAUUUCGACUACUUCCGAAUAUAAUAUCGUCAAUUUACAGCAAGCAACCCUUUCUCCUGUCGGUCUUCCGAUCAGUCAAACCAACGAAUCUCCCUCUGCGUCAAAUCGACCUUCAAUCGUAUCGAUACCCGACCAUAAAGGAAAAGGAUGUGAAUUUUUAAUCACAAGUCAUUCUGAAGAUCUAACGCUUGGAGUUUUUAUCGGACAAAAUGGUGAACCAACUGCACGUUUAAUCGAAUGGCCAAGUCAUCCAAGAGCUUUGGCACUUGAAUAUCCUUAUUUGCACGCAUUAUUGCGAAAUGAUACGAUCGAAGUGCAUAACCUUGUUUCCAUGCAAAAGGAACAGACGAUUCAUCUGCCGCCUCUGUUGGAACCAAGAACGCUUUCUAAUGCUUCCAGUCAAUUGGCCAUGCGGGAAGCCUCUGCGGAUGUAGGAAUGGCGAUCACAAAAAUCGUUCUAGAAGGUGGUGGUAAGAGACGGCGGGAAGCGGCUGAAGAAACAACUUGGCAGGAUUCGGUAAUUGCUGAGCGGAGAUCGAGUUCUCGUGUUUUGAUGAUCGGUAAGAAUGUCAUUCAAGGCAUCUUUAAUACCCGAACGCUUGAUUCUGCAAUAAAGGCAAUACAGAGAGGUGCUAUCGUGAGAGCAGAACGAUUAGCGGAAGAUGCAUGGGAACAAAGAGCUGCUUAUGAGACGCGAAGUUUGGAACGAUUGGAGCUACUAUACGUCAAUCAAAUGCUAGCAACAGCUUGCCUGCGAUUAUUGAGAUUUGAAGAUGCUGCAAAGUUUAUAGAGCGUGGUGAAUUGGACCAGAGGCUUGUUAUGUCACUGUUCCCAUCAAUAUACGAUCAGGCGAACAGAGGUAUCCCGGAGAACCAAGUGGACUUGUUUACCGAUGUGGCUGAUGAGCUAGAUCAGAUAGGUAAUCUUGACGAUUGGCCACGCAAGAAUCUCAUCAUGAACUACUGUCCGCCAUUGGAUGUUGAUCAGAACUCAUCACUGAAGAAGCUAAACGAUGCAAUGACAGGACGCAUACAGCGGCUUCAACGAUCUUUGCUUGAUUUGUACCGGUCAGAUGCAUCGCUAUCCGAUGAUGAUGACCUACAGGCUGUUCUAGACACUUCACAUGCGUUGUUGAUGGUGCGCGAUAAACAAAGUGAAGCACUUUCAGAAUUUCUAGGGAGUGCAAACAAGUGCAACAUGGACGUGAUCGAGCCAUACUUGGCUGAUGUUGGAUGUUAUGCGACACUAGCACGCAUUUAUGAAGAUCGACAAGAGUUGUCAUCAGCUUUGGAAUUGCAAGUGAAAUUAUUGGAUGGCGAGCUUAUUGACCCAACAUUCAAUGGAACUACGCAAUCCGUUGCUGCAAUUCUAAGCCGUUGCGAUGAUGCAAAGUUGGUGCACAAAUACGGAAUCUGGCUAGUACAACAUGACGCAGCGGCAGGUGUGAAAAUCCUCACCAAAGGUCAGACUCAAGCAGGAGGUACGAGUGGACGAUCAGAUGAUGAAAUUCUCGACGAACUCAGCAGGCUGGACGAUAAAGCAGCAAUGGCAUUUUUGGAAGCUAUCGCAUUGACAAGGAAACAACAAGAUCCCCAAAUUCACCGUCGGCUUUUCGACACACUGGUAAGCAAAGUCCGAACAGCACUAGAAGCAGGUGAAAGGGAAAGCUUGCAGCGUGUGACUGAUGAAUUUGUCGAGGGAGCAUAUGCGGAAUCGUUCGUUUCGCACUUGUCCUUGCAUGCUGAGACGAUAUCGACAGUGAAGCUAAGGCUCAAGCUGAUGGCAUUAUUGCAGGGAAGCACUGUGCUAGAUGUCGAAUCAGUCGAAAACGUGCUGAGAGAGUUCCCAAUCUUGGCAUACGAGCAAGCGAUCGUUCUCGGUAAAAAGCAAAACGACACUGCCGCUUUAGAGCUAUUGGCGAUCACAUUACGCGAUACCAAUUCUGCAGAGACGUAUUGCAGUCAAGAUCGUAAACCUCUUUCAUUGGUCGCUCUGCAAAGUAUCGAGUUUGCAGAAUUCAAAGUGUACACAACAUUUGUUUCACGAUCUUUGAAACGGAAAAGUGCAUUCACCAAGACGGAUCAAUUGAACCUUUUAAAGACACUAUUACACGUCUACAUGGAAAAAGGAGUUGGAAACGAGUUUCAGAUUGCUGCAACGCAUUUGCUCAACACCCAAGCUAUUCAUUUAUCACCCAAGGAAAUUUUGGCUUUCGUUCCAUCUCAUUGGCCAGUACGUACUCUAGAAACAUUUCUGUCAAGAUCGAUUCGACGUGAAAUUCAUCGUGCAAACGAAGGUCAUAUUCAACGUUCGAUGGCAUUAGCACAAAAUCUCGAAGUUGCUGAAACAUUAUGGUCUAAACGUAGAGGGUUGGGAGGCGUGAUUGAAGAUGGUCCUGCUGAUUCUGAUGAAGCGGAAGAUGACCUUGGUCGUGCAUUGGUGGAAAAAGCGGAAGCACAAGAGAAACUGCAAGGGACAGAAGCGGAUGAUUAUUAUAGAAGCGAUCUGAAGAAGUGAUUUAAUGCCCCAUGUACUUCCUGUACGGCACAGCCCUUUCACUGCUUUGCUAUUCGCAUGUAUACCCUUGGGGCUUCCUUGCCUUUCAUAGAAUG